AGCGAGCAAUACGCUCCUUGGUUUCACGGCCAGAACCUCUGUCUUCUUUCUCUGAUACCAUGCACUUCUCUCGCGUUGCGCUGGCGCUGGCCGCCGUCCUUCUCACGGUCGACGCCACCUUCAUCGUCGGCACAGCCGGCACGGUGGGCGUGGGCGCCGCCUACGCCGGCGUGGCGCUGGCGGGCGUGGCCGGCCUGGCGCUGGGCGCCGGCCUGGUCGGUGCGCUCGCGCUGCGUCGAGGCAAGCGCUCGGUGGCCGCCGUCCAGCAGACCGACCUGGUGCUGGACACGGUGGCCGCCGCCGACGCCUACGGCUGCGCCCUCAAGCUGGUCUGCCUGAUCGAGUCGAAGCCGGAUGAGCAGCUGAGCGCUGAAGAUCAGCUGAUCCUGCAGCUGUUCGGUCGCGCUCCGGCCGCGCUCACCGAGGACGAGGUCGACACGCCGCGCAAGGCCUACUUCUACGCUGCCUACCUGGGCACCUCGCAGGGCAAGGCUGCCUGCCAAAAGGUGUUCCACGCCUGCGAGGCAAGCUACGGCCAGAUGAUCGAGUACGUGCGCGCCCUGCGGACCUAGCUCGCCCCACGUCCUUCCCAUCAUCGUAGCCUAGCAUCAUCCCCACCAGGUGGCCGAAGUCAGGGCCUCAUCCCACCAUCCCCAUUACGCGGUCGAAGUCAGGGAUUUUUCUGUAUUGGAGGCUGUCUGGUCCCGCCCGCCCCAACUGCCCCACAGCGCGCGCCUCGUGAAUGUGUCCCUGGGGACAAAAUUCUCGUGCGGCACCCGAUCGGCGUCUUUGACGCGAACGUUGCGCCGUGAAACCUGGAGCUUUAUUAAUGCGCAGUCGGCGGCGGGGGAGGCGUGACAGUCCCCGCAAGGCAACCCUGACGGGGCGCGCACCGGCACCGGAGCCUGGUCCGGCGCCGCGCACAGCUGCUGUUUCGUUGCCAGUCGCGUAUCAUAUCUUGUGCCAUGUGAUGUUUUGUGCGUUUUCAUGUGGUUGGAUUGCUCGGUAGAUGUGUUCUCCGGGUGAUCGCCGCACGAGCGCUUAAUAAACCAAUAAACAAUGGAAAGAUGGA